AUGGAGGCCCAAACGAGGAUGCGUGGGUCACGGGUUUUGGUGGUCAACCUCACCAGCGUGGGCGGUGAAGUUGUGAAAAAUCUCAUGUUGGGAGGCAUCGGCGCAAUCACAGUUAUCGACUCCACUAAGGUGUUGGACCAGGACCUGAACGUCAACUUUUUCUUCGACAAGACCCAGGUGUCUGAAUACAAGGUGGUGGCCGCAGAGUCGAGGAUCCGCGAGCUCAAUCCAAGAGUUAAUCUCAGUAUCAGUACCGACGACUGGGAGUCCAAGGAUACAGACUAUUUUGCCUCAUUCAAUCUGAUUGUGGCCACAGGUCUGGACAAGGAUCAGUUGUCAAAGUUCAACACCAUCACCAGAGACCUGAAUAUCCCAUUCUACGCGGCCGGAAGCCAUGGUUUGUACGGCUACAUCUUUGUGGACCUGAUUGAGCACGAGUCGUCAGUUAAGUACGAAAGAAACCCUGUUCCAAAAAAACUGGGCGUUCUGAACCCAGUGGCAGAAAUUGUUCGAAUCACAGAUACCGUGGAGAACGACGUUGAGAUCCAGAACUGCAUUGUCAAGACGAAGUUUAACCCGUUCUCGUCCAUCUUGGUCAACACCACCAACAAGUUUGCGCCAUAUUUCCCAACUCCAAGAAAACUGCGCAAGAUCACACCUGUGCUUCCAAUCUUGCUGGCUUUGUUUGAAUACGCUGCAGUUUUGGGAAAGCCAAUUGAGGAGGUCCAUAUCGAGCCGUCUGAUCUGCAAGCCAAAGUGGUUCGAGUGAUCGCUGAUCUUCAGCUACCAAAGGAGAUUUUGGACACUAAUUUGGUGAAGAAGCUUGCAAAUCAGGCAUUCUGCGAGUUCCAGCCCGUCAGUGCGAUUCUCGGAGGAGCACUGUCGCAGGAUGUGAUCAACAUGCUGGGCAGAAGAGAGCUGCCACUCAACAAUUUCGUGGUUCUAGAUGGAUACAAUAACGAAAUGCCCGUCUUUAAUCUAUAA